AUGAUUCCACUGCAACAUAUUACUUUAUAUAAAAAUGAUUUAGGCUAUUUUGAAAGAACUAGUGAAGUUCAAAAAGAUAAGUCAAAAUUCAUUUUACAAAUUCCAGAUGUUAACAAAAAAUUGGUAAUUGAUACAUUGUGCGUUAAUUAUCCAAAACCGGUUACUGUUAACUAUGAUGUGGAAGCACAUGAAAAACUUUUAUUGGAAAAUUCUGAAGAAGGUCUAUACAAUUUUGUUCAAACAUCAAGUUUUGCAGAAUUUUUAACAUCAUGUAUUGGUUGCGAAAUCGAAUUCACAAUAAACAAACAAACUUUAUCUGGUACCAUUAUACUAUUAGAUAAAAAAACGUCAACUGUAACAUUAGAACGAUCACAGGAUACAAUUGAAUCAUCAAAGUCAACACUUUAUGUUAUGUUAUCUACUGAUCAAUCUAUUCAUAGUUUUGAAUUAGAUACUAUUGAAUCAAUUAAAUUUACAAAUACUUAUUUACAAGAUCAACUUAUGAAAAUGUUAACCAAAUUGUCAAAAAGUCGAAAUCCAACGCCAAAAGUAUCGAAUAACGUUAAAAUUUAUUUUAAUAUUGAUCAAUUAUCAUCAACAGUAGGUGAAAACAUUCGAAUAUCCUACAUUUUUCCUACCGUUGAAUGGAAGUGUUUAUAUCGUUUGGAAAUUGAUUCCGAUAAAACAUCGGCUACAAAGAUGCCAUCUGCCAAAGUAAAUUUAACAUUAUUUGCUCUAGUCAAAAAUACAACAGAUGAAGACUGGACAAAUGUUUUAUUAAGUUUAGUGGCCAAUGAAUUAGAAAUAUUAAAAAAUAAUAAGCAAACACCAGCGAAUGCUCAAACAGCAACGUCUGGAAGACGAGGCGGAGAUGAAUCAACUGGAUCAUCAUAUCAAGUUUUUCUUAAAACAUUGACUGGAAAAACAGUGACAUUAGAUGCUGAAGCAUCGGAUUCAAUUGCAAACAUCAAACAAAAAAUUCAAGAUAAAGAAGGUAUACCACCAGAUCAACAACGUCUAAUAUUUGCUGGAAAACAACUGGAAGAUGGUAGAACGCUGGCAGAUUACAAUAUACAAAAGGAAUCUACUCUGCAUUUGGUUUUGCGUUUACGCGGUGGUCCUCCAGAAUCUCAUCCUAAACAACAUAAAUCUCAACAAGUAGCCAGUAAUGAUGAUGAUUAUGAAUCAUUGGAUGCCUCACAAAUGAGUGGCCUAGCUGAACAUGUCCUUUAUAAUUUACCAUCAUUGACAACCAUACCGGCUAAACAAAGUGCUUUGGUAACAAUUGAUAAAUGGCGUGUACAUGGUGAAUUAGUAUUGUACUAUGAUCCAAAAGUGAAUGAUUUAAAUGCCAUUCGAGCUGUUCAUUUAACAAAUGAUACAGGCUCAGUAUUAGCACCCGGAUCCAUCGGUGUAUUGGAAGAAGGUCGUUUUGUUUCACAAUGUCAAUUUACGCCCAUGUUGGUAAAAGAUGACCAAUUAAUUAAUUACGGAUUAGAUACAACUAUAUCCAUUACAAAAACUGUGCCAUCAAGUUUACAAGAAGUUAAUAUUCAACAUGUUGAAAUUAUCUAUUCUCAAUCGGAUAACAGUUCAUUAGCUACCAUUCCUAUCGGUAUAGAAUUUCAUCAAAAUCAUACUAAACGAACAAAAUAUGUCAUUAAAAAUAAUUCGGCUGACAGACGCGUAGAAAAAUUUUAUAUUGAUCAUAGUGCCGAUGUCUCAUUAGGUGGUUGGGUUAUUACAACUAAAGAAAAUUGUAUUAAAUCCGUGAUGGGUUUCUCUCGAUAUCAAUUGAGUUUAGAUUCUCAACAAGAAGUUGAGUUAGUAGUCGCAGAACAAGCAACAAGUACAAAAUUUUUAACUGGUUUAACUGAUUUAGAUACAUUCUUGAAAAAGCAAGUGAUAGAAUUACUACAAUUGAACAUUUUAGAUAAAGCAACAAUGGAAAUGAUACAACGUAUUUCAAAAUGUAAAUAUAUUGAUCAGGCACUUGAUUAUAUGAUUAGAAAUGGUGUUGAGGGAUCAGAAAUAUCAGAAACAAUUAUACAUGAUUGGAAAACAAAGGAAUUACUACCAAAAUUAUUGUUAGAUAAAGUAAUAGCAUUACAAGAUAUGCAAACACAUUUGACAGACUUAAAUCAACAAAUUGAAUAUCUUAAUUCACAUAUUAAAUCUAUAUUUACUAAUCAAGAAAGAUUAAGAGAAAAUAUUAAAUCAUUAGAAAAAAUUAAUACAUCCGAUUUACUUAAUCGAUAUUUGAAAGAUUUAAAUAUGGAAGAAGAUGAUUUAGCUCAAACACGAAAAGAAUUAAAGGCAUUAGAAAUUGAAAAAAAUUCAUUAAACAAAGAUUUGAAAGAAAAACGUUUUCAAGUGACAAAUGAAGCAAAAGAGGAGAAGAAAAAUUUACGUGUUUAA